AUGACAGACCAAGGACGACAAGAGUUACACGAAACAUUUUCCAGAUAUGGCGCAGGCCACAUCACCUUUCAUGACCACGAUGACAAUACAGCAGACGAUGCUAGCUCAAACAAUGGUGUCCGCUCACUCAUCAAGCCAUUCGUGAUCAAGCAAUGGCUGCACAGAGGUAAACUUGAUGUUGCGGCUGAACAUGCUGGAGGACCCGGACUUGCCCAAUUCAUUCUGACCUUCUUCCCGACAUGGGGCUUGUGGUCGGAAUUCCGUUCCUUUGUAAACGCAUCGGGGACGGACGAUAUCCUCCAAAGAGCUGGAAUUCUUUACAUGAUGGCACUGCUCAUCGGGUAUACUGCCAAUGCGUCUGCCAUCUCCAUUGCAUAUCCCGUCGAAAGUGCAGGAGAGGCUGCAACAACAGAAGGAGUUACAGAGGCCGUUUCGCAUGUCUUAGCCGCGGUACUCGGUGAAAGCGGGACCACGAUGAAGUCGGGACGCGACAUGGCAAUUGUGGCGGCGACAGUCUUCUACCUCUUGGGUCGGGCGCUCCGAAUUGCGUUCCUCCUCAUGUAUGCAGUGACACUACCUCGCUUCCGCACAGCACUGCUCUUUGCCUCUUUGCAUCAGAUCAUCGGAUGGUUGAUCUACUUUCCCCUCCUCUUCGUCCGCUCCAAGACCGCUGUCAUCGUCCUUGCAUCCCUGGGAAUGGCAUGGGAUAUUCUGGCCAGGUACUUAAUUGGACUUAAUAAAGUGCUUGGAAAGCAAAGGAAACUAGCAGACGCGGAGAAAGGCGCAGCAAUGUAUCAACAAAAUGCCGACCCUUCUACACUCACCCAAGAGGACACUGGGCCAAACGUCGUAGUUCAAACCUGUCACAACGCAUUUGACAAGGAACGCGGAGACUCGAUGAAGGGUUCCGUCCCAGCUCUCAAUAUCGAACAUUUCCUUGAGAGAACGGCAGCUUUCGUUGUCAUUGUCCUCGGUGAAAUGGUACUAAGUGUGGUCUAUCAUGCCAAUGCGUCGCAGAUUGGCUUCAACAAGGUCUAUGGCAACGCAAUAUGCGGAUUGAUAAUCGCUUUUAAUUACUGUUGGCUCUAUUUCGACGCAGAAUGCAGUCGCCGCUUCCUCCAUGCCAUCCGCCGCCAUUGGUUCAGCGGACUUACGUUUACAACUCUUCACUUCCCCCUUUGCGCCUCUCUCAUUCUGGUAUCUGCGGCUCUCUCUCGUAUGACCCUAAAUCAGGAUGAAAUCAGCGACGCACUCCGUUGGUACUUCUGUGGGGGACUUGGAACGGCAAUGAUUUGUUUGGGUGCAUUGGGAAUGACGCACCGUGGCCUCGAUCCUAAUGGUACAACUCGUUUGGGACGCCGUGUCCAGCUUGGUAUGCGCACGGCCGUCGGAAUCAUCAUGAUCUGUCUACCCUUGGCUGAUCACCACACUCUUACGCCGCUGAAGCUCGCCGGUAUUUGCGCCGCGCUGUCCAGCUUCUUGGUCAUAGAAGAGACGUACGGCAAGCUCUGCCGUGGCGAGCCCAUUUCAAAGCCUAGCGCAUCCGAGGAGGCAGCUCAGAAGAAUCAAAACGAAGAGUUUAUGGAGGAUGAAAAGCUGGAUGAAGCAAAAACAAAGACAGACUAG